UUCCCUUAGAAACCUACAGUGGACAAAAUCCCCAAGAUUGUCAAGAGGAAGAAGAAACUUUGAAUCAGGUGGCAUCCGAGGGUGAUAGUUCGAAGAUCCAAACCGGAGAGAAACCAUUUAUGUGGAUACACUGUGGGGAGGCUUUCACUUCCCCCUCUAAAGGUAUUAUACAUAGGACAGUUCAUACUGCAGAGAAACUUCAUGCAUAUGAAGAAUGUGGACAAGCCUUUCCUCUGUCCUCACAAUUUAGUAUCCACAGGGAAAUUCAUACAGGAAUGAAAACUUGCUCGUGUCAGGACUGUGGGAAGGCCUUCACUUGCGACUCAAACCUUUCUCGUCACAGGAAGAGUCAUUCUGGAGAGAAAGCGUUUUCAUGUCAGGACUAUGGGAAAGCCUUUGCUUAUUGCUCAAACCUUUUUAAACACAAGGGAAAUCACACUGGAGAGAAACGGUACAUAUGUAAGGAGUGUGGGAAGGCCUUUGAUUAUCCCUCAAGACUUUCAUAUCACAUGAAAAUUCAUACUGGAGAGAAGGAUUGUAUAUGUCAGGUAUGUGGGAAGGCAUUUAGCACAACUGCAAUGCUCACUAUACAUGCAAGAAUUCAUUCGGGAGAGAAGCCUUUUGUGUGUCAGGAGUGUGGGAAGGCCUUUCGCAGAACUUCAAUGCUUACUAUUCACAGGAGAAUUCACACUGGAGAGAGACCUUAUAAAUGUAAGGUGUGUGGAAAGGCCUUCAGUCAUUUGUCAUCCCUUAAUAGUCAUAUGAAUACUCAUACUGGAGAGAAGCCUUAUGCAUGUCAGGAGUGUGGGAAGACCUUUAGCACAUCCUCAGUGAUUACUGUACAUAGGAGAAUUCACACUGGAGAGAAACCUUACAAAUGUAAAGCAUGUGGAAAGGCCUUCACUUAUUUGUCAUCCUUUAAAAGUCAUAUGAAUACUCACACCGGAGAGAAGCAUUAUGUGUGUCAGGAGUGUGGGAAGGCCUUUAGCGCAUCCUCGGCGCUCACUGUGCAUAGGAGAACUCAUUCGGGAGAGAAGCCUUUUGUGUGUCAGGAGUGUGGGAGGACCUUUCACACAUCCUCAAUGCUUACUAUACAUAGGAGAAUCCACACUGGAGAGAAACCUUAUAAAUGUAAGGCAUGCGGAAAGGCCUUCACUCAUUUCUCAGUCCUUAAAAACCAUAUGAAUAUUCAUACAGGAGAGAAGCCUUAUGUCUGUAAGGAAUGUGGGAAGGCCUUCACCUGGAACUCAGGCCUUAGUAGGCAUAUGAAAAUACACAGUGGCGAGAACUUUUUAAUAUGUAAAGAAUUUGGGAAGGCGUUCAUAUUUCUCUCCAGUCUUAGGAAACAUAGUAAAAUUCAUACUGGUUGA